CUAACCCGCUUCGGGCUAGCGGCACAAUGUAUUGGCCGUCCACCACCAGCCGAUAUUUAGUGUAGGCACCGCCCGCAACUCGUUUUCUUCCGCCUCUUUACCUCUCGUCGUACUUCGUCAGUCCUUCAUCCGCUCUUCUACUCUCAAUCCAAUCCUAUUCUUCAAUAGAAAUCUAUCGCAAUGGCCACUGAACUUUGCCCCGUCUACGCUCCCUUCUUCGGUGCUAUGGGAGCCACCGCUUCCAUCGUCUUCACCUCCUUCGGUGCCUCCUACGGUACUGCCAAGUCCGGUGUCGGCAUUUGCGCUACCGCUGUCCUCAGACCCGACUUGAUCAUCAAGAACAUUGUUCCCGUCAUUAUGGCUGGUAUCAUUGCCAUCUACGGUCUCGUCGUCUCCGUCUUGGUCUCCGACGGUCUUGCCCAGAACCAGGCCCUCUACUCCGGCUUCAUCCAGCUCGGUGCCGGUCUCUCUGUCGGUCUUGCCGGUCUCGCUGCCGGCUUCGCCAUCGGCAUUGUCGGUGACGCUGGUGUCCGCGGUACCGCCCAGCAGCCCCGUCUCUUCGUCGGAAUGAUUCUCAUUCUCAUUUUCGCUGAGGUCUUGGGUCUCUACGGUCUCAUUGUUGCCCUUCUCCUCAACUCCCGUGCCACCGGCGCUGACGUUCAGUGCUAAGCGCAUCGCUUUUAUAUAGCUCUUAUAUAAAACAAUCUUCUCAUCUACAAACCUUUUUCGAACAUCAAAAUUCAUUAUAUAUAGAAUUUUUUUCCAUUUCUUUUUCGGAUGUCUUUUCUUUUCUUUUGUCGUUUUUUUCUUUACUAUUUUUAUGUGUACUUCGGGGAAUAAGGAGUGGUUAUAGUGUGCUUUUGUAUUAAUCAAAUAAAGUUGGCAUUUUAGGGGUUUCUAUUCAUGAUUUAUAUUUCUCAUGUCUAUUUAGUUGGCGUGUCGAAUCUGUCUGUGAAUGAAAUUAGGAUGUUUGGAUGAAGAGCGGCAGGGUCAUAGACGUUGAAUGGUAUUCUUUCACGAAAUUCAAUGAUUUUAUCAUUAAGC